GCGGACUAGCGGGACAAAGCACUUGUUCAGGGACCGCUCACUGCGCCUCUGUGCCUGGGACAGACGGCUGCUGCAGGCGGAGAAACCACUUCAGCGCUGCUUUCAGAUAGAGAUUUACUUAAAACAGAGAAACGCAUUUUUCUACGGGCGCUUUAGUUUCCCAAACAGCCUCACACUUUUAAAGGAAGGAGAGUUUUUGACAGGAAAUAAGGGCGGACACUGGUCAAGUUUUUAUCCCCCCCCCUUCGGCGACCUCAGACAUCUUUGAGCGAUGUUUGACAAACAGCAUUACGAGAGUCCACCAGUCUACAGUCCUCCUUUCACCCCUCCACCCAACAAUGGCUUUGGGCCUGCGGCGAGCUUCCAUGGCCCUCAGAGCGACUACAACAUGUACCCACCUCCACCGGGAUCCUACUACAUGGAGGACAAGCCGCAGCACUUCUACAAAUGGCUGUCACCUCCUGGGAUCGUCAAAGCCAUGAUGGUCACAGUCAUAGUGCUGUGUUUGGCGAUAUUCGCCUGUGUGGCUUCCACGCUCAUGUGGGAUAUCCAGUACGGGUAUGGCUCGGGAAUGGGUUACUACGGUUCUGGGAUGGGCUACGGCAGCGGCUACAUUGGCGGCAGCUACGGCUCGGGCUACGGUGGUUACGGGGGAUACGGCAGCUACUACGGCUCCGGCUCCUACAUUUCUCCUUACUCGGCCAAAGCUGCUAUGAUUGCCAUGGCAGCCAUUAACUUUGUAGGAGCACUGGCCUUCUUCAUUGCCAGCUUCUCUAAAACCAACGCAGUCCGUGGCAGAAAGUACUUCCUGGCUGUCUUGAUAUCCAGCGUUUUGAUGGCUGCCCUGCAGGGCAUCAUAAACAUUGUCUACAUCGUUGGGGUAAACCCCAUGGCCCAGAGCUCCUCCAGUAUGAUGUACAAUCCAAUGCUCAUGAUGUGCCAGAAUCUUUACCAGACCAGUUACUCGCAGAUGGGAGGAGUGGGAGGCUUCCCCAUGUACAACCAGUACCUGUACCAUUACUGCUUUGUGGACCCGCAGGAGGGAAUUGCAAUGGCAUGUGGAUUCCUGGUUGUCAUCGCCUUGAGUGUUGCUGCUUUCUUCGCUCAGAGGACAAGAGGGAAGAUCUGGCGCUACGGCAAACCGAAUAUUUACUGGGAAGAGCCUCUUGUUGGUGGGAAGGCCUCAGAGGGCAGAGAUGUAGAAGACUGGGUGAACAAUGUGGAGGAAAGCCGGAGUGUUCAGGAUGCCCCGACCCUGCUGGUGUCAGAGAAGGGAGGCGGGCCGCUUAACGCCUCAGUUAACAGCGUCGUCUCCUACUCCUCACCCAAGGUGGAGAGCAGCUCCUACAAUGACGAUGCGUACGACAACAACGAGUACUCUGAACGGACAAACAGCCGACCAUCGGAAAUGUUCUUCCACAGCGGGGGGACCAGCUCAAGCCCCUCAGAAGAGACGGGCGGAGGCCGCAAACCCUCCGCAAACAGGGGCAAGAGGCGCAGACGUAACCCAGAACUGGACGAGUCUCAGUACGAGACGGAGUACACCACGGGAGGAGAGACGGGCAAUGAACUGGAUGCAGAAGAAUUGGAGAGCAUGUACCCAGAGAUAACAUCGGAUGAUCAGCGACACGAUUAUAAGAGAGAGUUUGACGCCGACCUUCGGGAGUACAAGCGGCUGUGUGCUGAGAUGGACGACAUUAACGACCAGUUGAACAAGCUCAGCCGGCAGCUGGACACGCUGGACGACACCUCAGCCAAAUACCAGAUUGUAGCUGAGGAAUAUAACCAGCUGAAGGAUCUGAAGCAGACGUCCGACUACCAGGCUAAGAAGAGAGAGUGCCGCUGGCUGAGACACAAACUGUUCCACAUCAAACGCAUGGUGAAGGACUAUGACAAGAACCACUGAGGAGCACCCACUCUCCCCACAGCACGAUACACUCCAACAUGCCACAAAGACUCUGUGACCUGCUGAGACCAAAGUUAAAGGACACACUCAUGCUCACACACACACACACACGGGGAACACACUGCAAGUUCAUAGUAAUGAUCUACUGUAAACAAAUAAUCGCUGAUUUUGGGAGAGAAUGAGAGGAGGAGCCUCCGGCCUGUUUGGCCUCAGUGUUUGCAGGGUACGGCUACUCCUGAGGGUCAAAGCUUGGAGAGAGGCUGUUUGAAGGUCACCUAAUAAUUAGUCGUCCGAGGUAACGCUUUGCUCGCUUUUCUGCGUUUGCUCUCCGAUAGGCGACUUUUCUUUGUUUUUCCCUCCACAGAUAAGAGUCGGUGCAGUGAUGUUGUAGGUGAGACGGCCGUGAGCAAACACGCAGCCUCUGUGUGGCCGAUGAACAUUAGCUGAGGGUUUCUCACGUCUGCUUCGGCGUUCAUAACGACCUUAAAUGUCGGUGAACUUAACAGCUUUCUUUUACCGUUUUUUUGUUUUUGUCAACACUGAGAUUUUUAUAUUUUUUUACAGAUGUUGUGACACCAAAACUGGCCAACGGGCUGUGUGUGGCAUUGUUGUAUUGUGCGUUCUUUUAACGAGUCGUGUUCUUCGUAUAUAUCAGAACAAAUUUACAGUUGGUCUCUAAAACCUCGAGAUUCAUUAGUGCUUGUACAUACUGUAGGCUCAUAGCAGCAGUUGUGUGUUUAAACUAUGCAAAUUAGUCAAAUUAACCAGUGUCUGUAUGUUUUCAUCACACGCACUCCUGAAAAACCCGCCUCGCUGUUUCUGUCGAUAAGCUGAACUCAUUUGAUUAAUUGCCAAUGAAAACGCGCUUUAAUCCUCUGCGUUUGUGAAAAUCUACUGUACACCUUAAAUUCAUGUAGACUCGAUUGUGAUUCGUCUUGCAUUUGUAUUUUUAUGAAGAACAUUGUUGUCAUUUUAAAAACCAUUUGCGAGCCAUUUAUUUUUGUAAGAAUUUAUUUUCUUUGAUGCUAUUAUAAAAAAAACAUUUUUGUAACUGUGUACCUCCAUAAAUGAUGUUGUCUAAAAAGUAUUGAAUUUAGUAAAUAAUAAACAUUUCUAAUUCUCUAUUUGCUCUGGAGUGCAUCUGCAGCGAGUUCCCAGCAGGGGGAGCAGGAGCGCUGUGCUGAUGCAGCAGUCAGUGAGACUAAUGUGAGCUAAUACUGCCCUCUGGUGGUGCGUUUCUGUGCUUCAGGUUUUAGUCAGAUUUUUAUUUCUGUUUCAAACUUUUCUCCACUUCUCUGCCGCCUGCUGGAAAUCAGCUUCUGGCCAAAUCCCGAUUGAUCCUAAUCCAUUCCUAUCAUAAAGAUUGGCUGUUGAUCCAUCAACAAUCCUUCAGUUUCAAUACUUUUGCCUUGUGACACGGCGCUCCAGCAUGCUGGAAAUUGCUUAGGCUACGUUCACGCUGCAGGUCUUAAUGCUCAAUUCCGAUUUUUUGAUCAAAUCCGAUUUUUUUGUCUGCUUGUUCACACUACAAAUAAAAUGUGACAGCAAACGCGCUCUAGUGUGAACCCUCAAAGCGGCCCGCAUGCGCAAAAGAAGACGUCACACACAACGCGCUCUGUUUAGACCCAGACCAACAGGAUUGUUUGACUGAUGGCCUUAAUAUAAAGACUUCGGACUUUACGUUUCCCAGUUUUGCUUUAAGUUAUUUGGUUAUUGUGUUAUUUACAUUUGGCCUAAUAAUGAUCCUUAUUGCUGUUUUAGAGGAGCGGUGCUUCAAAGGAUAGCUGCAGAUUUCUGUCAGAAUCUGCAGAUUAUACAGUACAAAUAAAAUGUUCACGUUUCUCCAACGUUGUCUUCCCAACAGUUUCACUGACAUCUACACGGGAUGGCCAGGAAGUGUUCACGAUGUCUUCUCGGGCGCUUCUCCGGCGCUGGUAAUUGGCGUCUGUCUUGUGUCAGUGACUUAAAGACAGAUUUAAUGCGACAUGACCAUUCAAACAGCAGUCGCUUUCUAAAACAUCAGAUAUGUAUCGGAUUCAGUACCACAUACGAAAGUGACCCAGGUCGGAUUUGAAAAUAUCGGAUUUGUGCCGUUCACGCUGUCAUACCAUGAUCGGAUAUGGGUCGCAUAGGGUCAAAGAGGUCGGAUUUGAUGCGCUUUCGCCUGCAGUGUGAACGUAGCCUUAGACUGUCACCGUUUUAAAGGAGGAUGUUUUUAGUC